GGCGUUGGGCUUGAAUCUUACACCUGCCCAAUCUUAGUCGCGGUAAUUGACUGGAACUAGCUUACAAUCGAGGCUCAUUCAUCUAAUUACCACGCAUUAGGGUCUGUUGCAUGCUAGCUGGAGUCACCUAUUAACAAUACGAAUGCGGUCUAUUUAGUAAAAGUGUAAAUGAAGUCUCCGCUUUUCGAAAACAGCAUUCGUCAUUUGCACAUCUCUUGUAAUACUCCUUGUUUGUCCCCCAAAAUUCUGCAGAACUUUUGUUUUUAAUUUCUCCUGGGUAUUAUAGUCACCUCAAGAAAAAUUGAAGACAAUGCGUAUACAAAAUGUUUGGGGGGCAAACAAGGUGUAUUACGGGCGAUGUGCAAAUGGAGGAUAGAGCCUCGUCCCGUUUGUGAGUUCUAGCUGUCAUUGUGGGUGUGAAAAAGGAUAUCAAAAGGGACGGAUGGGUGUCCUUCUUCAUCAUAAACCACUGUGGUAAAAACUCAAAGUGGCAUUUACAACACGACAACUUCAUUUCUUUUAUCACCCUCACUACACCCAUGUUCGAAAAACAAAAAACAAUAAAAAACCCUCUCUUGCGUCAGUAGGACUAAAACCUCGCCUGUCACUUUCUGUCAUCAGUACUCACAAGGCUUUGUCCUUGGUCCUCUACUAAUUACCGAUACUCGAUGCGCAGACCACCUGACAUUGGCUUAUUCGUUUCUUCCAAAUCCAUUCAUAGCAUCUAAUCACCCAUGCCCGAAAAAAACACUUAAAAAAGCCUCGCUUAUGUUAGUAAAGCUUAAGCAGAAAGGUAAUUGUGGAAUAAAGAAUUAUUCGCGGAUGCCAAAUCCCAACAGCUGCGGAAGUUUGUAUUGUCCAUUAUAAGACCUUGUAACCCUUCUUUUAAUGACGUCUUUGUUCUUGCCCAUUUUUUAAUUUUAAUGUUAGUUCUAUCAGGACUGCCUAUUAUCCCUGAGCUAGCCUAUUCUUACACGGUCUUCUUAGCCUCCGUAGCCAGCGUUUCCGUGCGGUUUCGGGCAAAGAGGGACGAUGAACGAGAGCGCGGAGUUCAGAUUGUGGGGACCGGAGCGUGUUUUAAAAAGCGUACACUGGGAAAACGAGGGGAGAUUUCCUCUCGCUUUUUUUUCCUCGUCAUUUUUUCGCCCGCGCUUUUAGACUCUUGGCUCUGUAUUAUCCUGGAUUCUACUGAGGCGCCCAGCGAGAAGUAGGCUGACAUGAAGGUCCGCUGCUUUGUUUGUUUGUUUUCUUUGUUUUUCUGUUUUGUUUUGUUUUCUUUUUUUGCUGCUUGUUAUUGUCACUUUUCUACGUUUUGUUGUGUCUUCUUCACCUAUACGUAUUACAUUAGAAUGUAAACAAAUUGUUCCAUUUUCUCCUCAUGCAAGUCCUCUGUCCGCUCUUUCGUUAUUCCACCCUGGUAAUUUUUCACGUGUCACAUCAUGUGACAGCGUUUGACCAAUGAAAUCAUCCCUUCAUGCUUCUUACGAAGCCAACAAGGCCGAGGCGGAAGCGCUGCAGGGAAGGAAAAUCUGUACAAUUUCGUGAGGAACUUUCAAACUUUUAGCUGUUUUCAUCAGUCUUGCAGUCAUGGGCUGAUUCAAUCUUCUCACCAAGCGUUUCCUUAUGCCUAACUGUGACGAUAUGGAAGCAAAGAUGGCCUCCACGUAGCUGCAUUUUCGUUGCAAGAUUCCUGAAGUUUAGGUAAGCAUUAAGUGUAAGCUUAUUGAAUUUAUAAUUUAACUUUCUUCCUGUAAAUUCACAAGGCCUCUCCGUUGUUUUUACAUUCGAAAAGAAAACUGCAACUUAUUAGUUUUCUAUUAGGCCCUAGGGCAUGUGCAAGCGGUGAUCUUUCUGCAGUCGAGUACACGAGACAUAUCGCGUGACUCUGAAGACUUACAUUGUAAAUUACAGCAGAACCAGCCAUGCAUUGUACAGCUUCUAAGUUUUCUGACAUCUUAUUUAAAACAGUCAUUAUGAUUUGGCCCUUCGAUGUGGCCAGACAUUGAAGAGAUUUACAAUCACGUUUACGGCAGAUGCCAGACGUCAGACUCAGGUGUGAGUUUCUCAUAAUUAUUAUUAGGGAAUGAGCAGAUGAAAACUUUGAAAAAUAAAAAUUAAUAUUACUGUUUUCCUCUUAUAAGCGCCUGGGCUCUUGUGACAAAUUUCGGUUAAAAGGAUACAGGCACUUAUUGGGAGAAGGUCGCUUAUUAAGUUUUCUUUUCAAUGAAUUGUAGCUUUAUUUUAGCGAAAUUUUUAAUAGACCUUGUCACGGUUUUCGACGCCAUCUUGACGAGUAGGCAAAUGCGUUAGAAAUUACAGUGUUUGUAUGAGAAUCUAAUUUCGAAUAAUUUCCGUAGAACGGCUGUUCUGAAAAAAAUAUGAUUUGUAAACCAAAGCUUCACUCUUAAGGAUUCUACUGAAAAAAUUUGAGGGCGUUACAUUCUCUAGAAGACCUAGAACCACUUUUUAAAUUUCUUAUACAUUUGUCUGUAAGAAAGUCCCGGGAAAAUUACAGACAAAUAUAUGGAAAAUCUAAAGCAAGCCUCUGGAGAAAUUUAAGCACAGGUAAGCCUCCAAAUUUUUUUCGGAGGAUCCUUUGCUUUGUAGCCGUCUUAAGGAAAUUAUUCGACACUAGAUUCUCAUACAAACACUGUAAUUUCUCACGCAUUUGCCUACUCGUCAAGAUGGUGUCGAAAACCGUGACAAGGUCUACAGAAAAGCAAAUUAUGAAAACGGUAAGCCAACAUUAUUGCCUUUCAUCUGUUGAAAGAGUGGUUGGUAAUUAAGUGUACCACAGGCCCAUUACACACUUAACAAGUGUAUAUAGAUUGGUUUGCUUAUUUUUGAUCUCAUUAUUAUCAUGAAAUAUUGUUUCACUCAUCAAUAGACCUUGUCAGGGUUUUCGACGCCAUCUUGACGAGUAGGCAAACGUGUGAGAAAUUGCAGUGUUUGUAUGAGAAUCUAAUGUCAAACAAUUUCCGUAAAACGGCUGUUCUGAAAAAAAAAUAUCAAUUGUAAACUAAAGCUACAAAGCAAAGGAUUGUCGUAACAAAUUUUGGGGGUGUACCUGUACUUAAAUAAUUUCUCCAUAGGCUUGCUUUAGAUUUUCCACAUAUUUGUCUGUAAUUUUCCCGGGACUUUCUUACAGACAAAUGUAUAAGAAAUUUAAAAAGUGGUUCUAGGUCUUCUAGUGCAUGUAGCACCCUCAAAUAUUUUCAGUAGAGUCCUUAGGAAUAAAGCUUUAGUUUACAAAUCAUAUUUUUUUCAGAACAGCCAUUUUACGCAAAUUAUUCGAAAUUAGAUUCUCCUACAAACACUGUAAUUUCUCACGCAUAAUUUGCCUACUCAUCAAGAUGGCGUCGAAAACCGUGGCAAGGUCUAUUAAGUGGAAAUAGAAACAUGUUUUUCUUGUAUCCUAACUAUUUAAGAAAGUGAAGGGGUGGGGAGGGGCCCGGAGGGGUAAUCCAGAUUUCAAGUGACAGGGAUGCAUGAUCGAAGGAUUUUUUGAGGUUUGGACAUUUCAGACUCUGGGAUUUUUUUGGGUAGAAAAAUUGGUGAGCAUUUUUUCAGGGGGCUUGAUUUAAGAAGGGAUUUUUUGGGUAUUCAAAACAGUCUGAAGAUUCAGAUGGUGUGAUGAAUAAACAAACACAAACAUUCAAUUUCUAUUCAUAUUUUUCGAGUUAUAUCAUUUACCAGUUUAAAGCCUGCUGCAAAUUUUAAGCCUUAGAAAUUUGGCAUGGGAUUACCCCCAUGGCUUUGGGGUUAAUUUUUGGUCCAGGGAUUUUUUGGGGGUUUUGUUGGAAGCCCUAAGGAUUUUUUUGGGUUUUGAUUUUUGCCCCCAUUCGAUCAUCCCUGUCACUUGAAAUCCAGAGUAUCCCCAGCCCUGGGCGGAGGGGGAGCUUAUUCACAAGGGGCACUUGUUUGAUAUUUUACAUGUACAUGUAUGGCCUAUGAGGUGGGCGCCUUUUUGGAGGAGGUGGGUUAUUAGAGCGUGAGUUUAUUCCAAGAAAUAGAGUAAUUGCCUAAAAUGUGGCAAUGUGGAUAUCAAAGUCCUGUACAUGAUACUACAUGAAGCUAUAAACCAUCAUAGAAUUAAAGUAACUCAAAAAAGCUGUUACAACAGGGCUUGAAAUUAAAAAAAUCCUCAGGUCGCCUUUUGGCGACCAGCUGGAGAAAUAUAGUCGCCAAAUGUAAAUUUUUAGUCGCCAGUUUGUGUAAUGGAAAUGACGCAGCUCAUAGUCAGGGCUUCUGAUAUUUUGCGCCGUCGCAAAGCAGCGAAAUUCACAAAAACAUGCAAAAUACCGCGAAAUUCGGUAGAAAUCUUAUCAAAUACAUGUCUGUACAACAUAUUUGAAACUUUUCUCAGCUACUGGGGCUAUUUACUUGCUGUAAACUUGUAAAUUUAUCGUGAAACUUUGUCACUGAAACGUGCAAAGAAUGCAAACAACGUCCCUAAACUCCGAAACUACCAGGCGUAGAUUAUGUUGCGAAAAACUGGACACUAGCCAAUGGCUUUGCCAUUGGUUCAGUUCUGGAGCGUAUUGUUGUUGAAAGAGCAAAUGAUGACCUCUGUCGCAAAAACAUUAAAAACGCAAGUCUGGUCAGCGCAAAACCGGGUGAUCUCUAACGAAGUUUUCCCUGAAAAUAACCACAAAAUCGGCCUUUUUUGACCGAUUGAUUUUCGGCUAAGUUUGCUCAGAAACUUCCUGCGAAAUCGGUCGAUUUUUACGCGAAUUUGCCCCUAAAAAUCCCGCAAAAUUUGACUUUUUUUCCGCGACCUAUCAGAAGCCCUGCAUAGUAUGGUGCGAUGCAUCAGAUUUGAAAAUAUCGUGGAUAGAAGUCGGUAUAAAUUUGGAGGUAUACUGGCUUGGUUUAUGCGAUUUGGCACAUUUUUUAUGAUGAAUGCAAAGCAGGAUAAGAUGAAAUGUUUGUUUUAAUUUUACUCUUUUAAUUUAAAUCUAAAUCAUAGAGAAAUUUGGUCGCGACUUUGGCGACUAAACUAGAAUUUUUAGUUGCCAAGGAGAAAAAGUUAGUCGCAUUGGCGACCGUAUCAGUCGCAGUUUCGAGCCCUGUUACAAAUACAAAUGGAAAAAAAAAGGAUUAUUACUUUUCCUUUUUGAAAUCCUGUGGUCACAUUUGCAAAGCCUACCAGUCAAAUGCCCUUCUACACUACAUGGAUAUCUUGGCUGACUGUGGGGGAAGGGGGAGGUUUAUUGACUGGUGAGCAACAGUACCAUCAGCAAGGCAGUGCAGCGGCACCGGUUCUAUAAAAGCAAUAAUUAUAAUAAUUAUAUGUAACUAAGUGAACUGCUCUUUGUCUUGACGCAUUGCCCUUGAUUUUAUUAUGAAGGUUCCUGCUACCAAUCAGUUCAAAUUUUAUGAUGUGUGCGUUUCAGAGGAUAAUGAUCCAUGUACCAAGCUUUGGUAAGACAAUUUGAAUUAUUUAAUAGUUUUGUCACAAUCAGAAUUUUAUUACUGCAGAAAAAAUGUUUUGUGUAAUGGUAUUAAAACUUCCUGGGGUGGCGGGGAUGGGGUGGGGGGGGGACACUGAAGGGAAGUUUGGGUAGGGGUUGAAUGCCAAGGCCCUCAGACCUUCAUCCUAUUUAAACAAAAACCAUUCUCUUCACUUCCCUGUUUAAGAUAAGAAAACGCAUUUCAUGACCCUGAUCCAUUUCCUUUAACUGGCAUCAUGGGAUUAGAUUUUUUUAAAGAAAAAAAUUAAUGGUAUCACACUGUGGAUCACCAAAUGUUCACACCCUGUUUAACGCUCAAGUUUAAUAAAAGACACCCUGUUAAUAGUGAAAUUUCAUAACUUGACCCCCCCAAACCCUAAAUGAUUGAUGUCUACCCUCCCCCCAGGGGGAUGUACACCUCAGUAUCCUCCAGACAGUGGAGUCCAGUCCCUUCUUCUGCCAGCAUACCCCUGGGAUAAAUACUCACUCAAAAAAGUGUUAAUGCAAAUAAAGUUGGGGUAGAAAGAGGUUAUUAUUUUGAAAAAUACACCUGUAAAAAGAAUUAGAUUGUUUAUAAUUAUGUAUUUGUAAUGCAAAGUUACCCUGAACGUCCCAGCCCACUUAGCACUACUUUAUUCAUAUCUUACCUUGUGGCUUUUUAUUUUGGUGGUUUUUGAUAUUUUUGUGGUUUCCAUCAAGAUCCACAUACAGCUGUAACCCCCACUCCCCCGCCAGUAAACACAUUGCUGCAAAAAAUAUGACCUCCACAACUGUAAUAACUUAGAAAGAUAAUACAGAAUUUAUUUUGUUGUAUGUGAAAUCUGUUCUCUGGUUAAACCUGGCCCCAGUUGUACAAAAGGUGGAUAACUCUAUCCACUUGAUAAAUCUCUAUCCGCUGGUUAGAGAUUCAUCCAUAGCACUAUCCAGGGUUUGAACAACCGGGGCCAGGACUAUAAUAUUAUUUUAAACCUAGUUUGGUACAGAAUUUCCUUUCUUUCUUAGCCCGUAUUAAUCAUACAAAUGUACAGUGUGUAGGAGACAAUGAAAUUCUGGUUUACCCUGAGAACAGAUUUUAGUACCCACAACAUUUUCUAAUUUUGGUUUACCUGUAUUUUGACUCAAAUAAAAAAUAUAACGCUGAGUUGUUAAGAUUCAGAAGGAGAGAAACCAGACUGGACCAAUCCCAAUAAUUAGUUGUUGCAAAUAAUCAUCCAUCCACAAAUUAUAUAAAUAAACUUCCACAAAAAGAAAGUGUCAAAUGGUAUAUGUAGUUGCACCAUUAUUUAGAAUGUGUACUUUCUUUCUCUGUUCCUGUUGUAGUGUUCAUGUCUGCAGUGUUAAAGGAUUUUUAGGAUUCCUGUGGUGUUAAGGCUGAUGGAGG